UCAAGGCAGCAACCUGCAACGCUCGUUGUUUUUUUUCUCUGCCAUUUCUUUCGCAGUCUCGCUUUCCUCACGUCAUCGCUUGCUUCAACUCCAAUGCCGCUACCACCAUAGCAACAGAUUUUACAAAUGGCGUGCUGCUAUAAGUACCACUAUUUAUUCCUCCACUCUCACUCCAUGUGGAGGAAGCUUCCACUCCCGCGCCAUGGCUUACGCAGAACCGUCACCACCAGGACUUUUUAUCACUCUCGCAAUCUCCAAACCCCGACGCUGCUUCAUUCAUCGCGCGCGCUAGUCAAAAAGGGCUAUUGCAGUGCUACUUCGGAUUCGCCACGGGUUACCGCGACGUUGGUUCCCGACGCUGGAUUUGGAACCGUUCAAUCUCUGCAGCAGCUUGAUUCUGCCGCCAAUGCGGAACGUGCCGCGAACGCCGAUCCUUUGAAUGGCAGAGUUAUGAUCGUUGACGGUACUUCGAUUAUUCACCGGGCAUACUACAAGCUUUUAGCAAAGUUGCACCAUGGUCAUCUAACACAUGCUGAUGGAAAUGGAGAUUGGGUUUUAACGAUAUUUACAGCACUAUCACUUAUAAUUGAUGUUCUGGAAUUUAUCCCUUCCCAUGUGGUGGUGGUGUUUGACCAUGAUGGAUUUCCUUUUGGUCAUACUUAUAAUUCCUCAAAAGAAAGUUUUACUGCAAAAGGCCAGAAUUUUCGGCACAAUCUAUACCCUGCGUACAAGAGCAACCGUCCUCCAACUCCUGAUACCAUCGUUCAGGGACUUCAAUACUUCAAAGCAUCCAUCAAGGCUAUGUCCAUAAAAGUCAUUGAGGUUCCAGGUGUAGAGGCAGAUGAUGUGAUCGGAACAUUAGCCUUGAGGAGUGUGGAUGCUGGGUACAAGGUACGAGUUGUCUCCCCUGACAAAGACUUUUUUCAGAUUUUAUCUCCUUCAUUACGUCUCCUUCGAAUAGCUCCACGUGGUGAUCAGAUGGUUUCGUUUGGAGUUGAGGAUUUUGCAAAUCGAUACGGGGGUCUGAAACCAUCCCAAUUUGUGGAUAUGAUCGCUCUUUCUGGUGAUAGAUCUGAUAAUAUUCCAGGAGUAAAUGGGAUUGGAGACGUUCAUGCUGUGCAAUUAAUCAGUAAAUUCGGCACAUUGGAGACGUUGUUGAAAUCUGUUGAUCAAGUCAAAGAGGGUCGCAUUAGAAAGGCCUUGAUUGAAAAUGCUGAGCAGGCUCUCUUAAGCAAGGAACUGGCAUUGUUGCGUUCUGAUCUUCCAUCCUACAUGGUACCGUUUUCUGUGAGGGAUCUCUCAUUUAAUAAACCAGAGGACAAUGGCAGCAGAUUCAACAGCCUUUUAACAGCUAUCAGUGCUUACGCAGAAGGGUUUUCCGCUGAUCCUAUCAUUAGGAGAGCUGUUCAUUUGUGGAGAAAGUUGGAUUCAAGAUGAAAUUCAUCGAAUCAUCGGGUUUUUUUUUUUUUUUUUUGUAUAGAGGGGGGAUUCUUUGAAUAGAACAUUUCAAUUCUUGAACGACGGUACACAACAUGAGGGAAUUCAAGUGUAUAUAGUAAGCAGAGUGAGUUGUUCUUGUGCAGAUAUCUAUGCAUUCCACUGAUGGCUCUGCGAUCUUCAUUGUCAUUAUUCGUAGUUUGACCCGAUUGUACAUUUUUGUUUAAGGUAAAAAAAAAUACAGAGUAGGCCACAAGGCAGAACACAAAA